UCCCCUGCCUUCCUCUGCCCUGCCCACCCUCCUCCUCCGUGCCCUCCCCGCCGGCAGCGCCCUGAGCCCGGCGCGGCGAUGGGCUGAGAGCGCCGGGCACGGCGGGGGCCCGGCGGCGGCAGGAUGAGGGGGGGCUCGGAGGGCAGCGGGGAGGGCGAGGGGCUCUCGAGCCUGCGGGCCUUCGCCCACAGCUCCUCGCUGCACGGCAUCAGCCACGUCUUCGCCUACGGGGCCGUGUCCCUGCGCCGCGUGCUCUGGGGCGGCUUCUUCCUGGGCUCGCUGGGGCUGCUGCUGCUCGUGUGUGCCGAGCGCGUCGCCUACUUCCUCACCUACCCCCACGUCACCAAGCUGGACGAGGUGGCCGCCCGCAACCUCACCUUCCCGGCCAUCACCAUCUGCAACCUCAACGAGUUCCGCUUCUCCAAAAUCACCCGCAACGACAUGUACCACGUGGGCGAGCUGCUGGCGCUGCUCAACGAGCGCUACGAGAUCAGCAACCCGCAGCUGGCCGAGCCCCACGUCCUGGCUGCCCUGAGGGACAAGGCCAACUUCAAGAACUUCAAGGCGAAACCCUUCAGCAUGGCCGAGUUCUACAACCGCACGGGCCACGACCUGGCCGAGAUGCUGCUGCAGUGCACCUUCCGUGGCACCGGCUGCACCGCCCGCAACUUCACCGUGAUCUUCACACGCCUGGGGAAGUGCUACACGUUCAACCCGGGGGGGCCGGGGCGCGAGGUCCUGACCACGCUGCAGGGGGGCUCCGGCAACGGCCUCGAGCUCAUGCUCAACGUGCAGCAGGAGGAAUAUCUGCCUGUCUGGGGGGACACAGACGAGACGUCGUUCGAGGUGGGGGUGAAGGUGCAGAUCCACAGCCAGGAGGAGCCGCCCUUCAUCGACCAGCUGGGCUUUGGCGUCGCCCCCGGCUUCCAGACCUUCGUCUCCUGCCAGCAGCAGCGGCUCGUGUACCUGCCCCCCCCGUGGGGGGACUGCAAGGCCACCCCCAUCGAGUCCGACUUCUUCACCAACUACAGCCUGACCGCGUGCCGCCUGGACUGCGAGACGCGCUACCUGGCCGAGAACUGCAACUGCCGCAUGGUGCACAUGCCGGGCAACGCCAACGUCUGCACCCCGGAGCAGUACAAGGAGUGUGCUGACCCCGCGCUGGACUUCCUGGUGACGAAGGACAGCGAGUACUGCGCGUGCCGCACGCCCUGUGCCAUGGUGCGCUACGGCAAAGAGCUCUCCAUGGUGAAGAUCCCCAGCAAGGCCUCGGCCAAGUACCUGGCCAAGAAAUUCAACAAGACAGAGCAGUACAUCGCGGACAAUGUGCUGGUCCUGGACAUCUUCUUCGAGGCUCUGAACUACGAGAUGAUCGAGCAGAAGAAGGCGUACGAGGUGGCAGGACUGCUGGGUGACAUCGGGGGGCAGAUGGGGCUCUUCAUCGGCGCCAGCCUCCUCACCAUCCUGGAGAUCUUCGAUUACCUGUACGAGGUGUUCCGGGACAAACUCCUCAGCCUGUACAAGGAGAAGAAGCGGAGCCCCCGGAGCGACAGCAGCACCCUGAGUGCCCGGCCCUCCCUGCGUGGCCCCGCGCCCCGUCUCGGCGUCGCCCCGAACCUGCUACCUCGUCACCCGGCUCUAGCCCCCCCGGGACCCGCCGCGGAGCCCAGCCCGCCCCCCCGCCGGCCGGGGGGCUGGGGGGGCACCCCCGGGCCACGGGGCAGCCUCCUGGUCCCCCCCACCCCCUGAGGGGGUGUCGGGGGGCUGGGGGAAAGGGGCCCCCCCAGCCCCGCUCCCGUGACCCUGCAUGCGCUGCCUGUGCCCCCCCCGCGCUGGACAUGCGACCCCCCCUGCAGCCCCCCCAAAUAAAGAGGUGCCCCAG